GUCUCCCGACGCAGUCGUGGGGUUCGCGGGCACUGCGAUGCCACGGCGGGGGACCAUGCCAGUGGAGCACCAGCCGCCGCUUGGCCUGACCAUCAAGAACUUGUUCCUGGACAGCCAGUCGCCAUGGGUCGACUACGUCACAGUGGGCGAGCCCGCGAAGUCGGACCCCAUCUCCGACAUGUCGUCCACAACGGUGUCCGUCGGCUCUCGAGAUUCGAGCAGCAGCACCGCGGACACGAGCGAGGGCAGUGUGCCCAGCAGCUCGGAGGGCGAGUGGGUGCCGGCGCUGAUUCUGAGGACCAGGGCGCAGCGGCGCCGCCUGCAGCGGAAGUCCAUGAAUGCGGUCCGCUCCUCGAUCGAAAUGCAGCAGGGCACUUGUAGCAGCUCGACCGCCAUGCGGCAGGGCACCUCCACCAAGAUCUCCUUGUGA